AUGACAAUUACCAACAUAGAGCCUUAUCCUCAUCGCGAGUCCUCACAUCCCACCUCCCGUGGCUCAUUCAUCUUAAUCGAAGGACUUGACCGAGCUGGAAAAACGACCCAAGUGAAGAAGUUAUGUGAUAGACUUUAUGCUUCUGGACGAAAUGUUAAGCUGAUGCGAUUUCCUGGGAAUAACUUCAAGCUCAUAAUUCAAGACAGAACAACCCCAAUUGGACAACAAAUAAAUUCCUACCUCCAAUCCUCCACGACCCUUUCCGAUCAAUCUAUACACCUCCUCUUCUCCGCCAAUCGAUGGGAAAAAGCCCGCGAAAUUCGAGAGUUUAUUGCGAAAGGGUACACAAUCGUCUGCGAUCGUUAUUACUAUUCCGGCAUGAUUUACACCUCCUCCAAGUAUCCGAAAGAUUCUCCAAACCACCUUUCUCUCGAAUGGUGCAAAAACCCAGAAAUAGGACUACCGAUGCCGGAUAAAGUGAUAUUCUUGGACUUAGAGUCCGAGGAAGCAGAAAAGCGAGGCGGAUACGGGGAUGAAAAGUAUGAAACCAGAGAAAUGCAGAGGAGAGUUAGAGAUGGGUUUCUGACAUUGCAAAAUGUGGUCAUCCCAGGGUUUGAGCAUGAGCGAAGUAUAAUGAAGGCCAUUGAUGCGGGUGAAGGUCUGGACGAGGUCGCAGAGAAGGUGUGGUAUGUGGUUGAAGGUUUGGUAGAACAGAUAGAAAAAGGAGAGCUUGGGGAAUUAGGCAUUGUGCGAUAG